AUGACUCUGAUGCUGUCAGAUGCCCCUUCAAAAUACACACGCACCAUGAAGUAUGAGCCAUGGGAAGUGCCCCAGCUCCACCAGCAAUCCACCGGGGCCUGGGCCAAGGAGCUCGACGAAGCCAUCGACAGCAUCGCCGACACUCUCGUUGCGAACCGAAUCAUAUUCCGACUCGGCUACGGCUUCACCUCACUCGAGCUGUGGAUCGAAUGCGACCGGGAUCAGUUUCUGAAGGCUUUUGAGGAUUCAGACACAUUCCGCACCCCCCGCCUCCUCCCCAAACGGCCCGCCGAACUCGAGCUCUUUUUCAUCACCGCGCCCGACUCACGGCCCCGUCCCCGGCAACAGCAACUGGUCCUGAUCAAAUGCUACUGUGAGGGGCAGCAGCACGACCCGCCCACGCCGUUCCAGGCCGAGGUCGCCGCGGGCGUCGCCUGCUACCACUUCUACUUCGUGCGGUGCGUCCGGUACGGCGUCCACCACCCGUGGUUCAACCUGCUGUACGAGCGGGUGGUCCGGUACAUUCUGGCGCGGCCGGACGAGGUGCGCGCCAUUCAUGGGCGGCUGUCGUACUAUGGACGGCAGGUGUUUGUCCACGCGUGGCGGCAGGAAAAUCCGGGGGAGACUGGGUUCAUGGAGAGGAUUUUGGGGGUGUGGGCUUAG